AUCGGAAAAUGAUGAAGGUGCAUGAUAACGCGUGCGCUAGUCCUCAUCUGAACGUCCUCUGAACUGAAAAAACACAAAAAAAUGCAAAGCCCUAAAAUUCUCAAAUAUUAAAACUUAGAACCCUAAAAAUCUGUAAUUAAUCGACCGUCUUAUACGAAUGCUGAGGAAGAAAAGCUGUUGUUUUGGCUCUUCAGACUACAAAUCUUGAACCGGUGUGACCAAUUAGAGGUGUGUACUUGAAGAUCAAGAUGAGCACCGAGGUUGAGCAGGCACCUAGAGUUGAUCAUGGAAUUCAGACCAACAUUACGUCCACCUCCUCUGCAGCCCCAACAAUUAGUCCUAAAAUUUCAAAGUUUGCAGCAAAGUCUGGAUUUGUGAUACCAAAAAAUAAGUUGUCAGGCUCGCUGGUACCUGCAUACCGGGGUAGUAAAAAGCUGGAAGGAACUGGUCCGAUUAGUGAAGAAAGCAGUAAACAGACUCAGAGGAAAACAAAAUGGGGGCCUGAUCUGACACAAGAUGCUGCUGUUAGAAAAGGAUUAGCUGCAGCUUAUCAGACUCGAGUGGAUCAAAUUACCAAGCAGUUGAAUUCAGGAAUCGUGGACAUCGAGGAAGAUCUAUCAGCUGCAUCUCAGACAUCUGGGCAGGAGUCUUCUCGUCAUAAUGAGAAGUCAGAACUGUUAGAACUUGAAAGGCGUGAAGCUAUUGGUGAAAUUUUGAAAUUAAACCCAAGCUACAAGGCUCCAGCUUACUAUAAACCCCUACUGCGAGAGGCCAGAGUUCCGGUUCCUGUCAAGGACUAUCCUGGAUUCAAUUUUAUUAGUCUGAUAUAUGGGCCUGGAAGUGACACUCAAAAACGACUGGAGAAGGAAACUGGAGCAAAAAUACGUGUUUUUGGUACCAAAUCUGACAAGGGAAAGAAGGAGGUCACUGCUGAUGAAAGCGAUAAUCAGAAUUUGUAUGAAGAGCUCUAUGUUCACGUUUCUGCUGACACGUAUGAGAAGGUCGAUGCAGCAGUUGCUCUAAUCGAAUUGCUGGUUACUCCAGUUUCAGUAAACCCUACAGUAAAUCCCACAUCAGCUACAGCAGUUUCCAGUGUUAAUGUUAAUGCUGUUCAAACCAGUCAAGGAUCCCCUGUCCCGUAUGUUAUAACUCCUCAAGUUAGCCAAGGAGUGGUUCAGUCGGUUACUGGUCCUGCGCUAGUUCAACCGUUUGGUCAGUUUCAGGCUUACCCAGGUCCAUGGUUUCCAACAAGUUCUCCUCUAGGUUUUGCCACUCAGCAAAAUUUGUCUGCACAAAUACCAAGUAGUCAUGUCCAAAUGUCAUCAGCAUCAUUAAACUCUAAUAUGUCAUCAUUCUUUGGACCUAGACCAGCAGAGUUUAGUUCAGUCCAGGGACCUUCUUUUGUUCCCUCCAGGCCACAACCACUACUGCAGCAGCCGUAUAUGCCUCAGGCACCUAAUCUAGGUUAUAAUAGUCAUCCAAGAAACCCCCCUAUGCCAACCUUGCAUCCUACACCUGGUCAAUCUAAUAUAUCUGCCCCACCCUUUACUGGUAAUACACCUCCAUUAAGGCCUUCACAAGUGGUAGGGCCUUUGGUUCCACCAUCUGCUGGCCCACCAACUUUCUCUGUCCACUCGGCAAACCCUGCUGGGAGAGCUAAUGCAUGGUUGCAAGCACCUGCAGGUCCAAAUACAGUUGGUCCUCAGAGGCCUCCUAUAUCAUUACAAUCCACUUCACCAUUUAAUGUUACAAAUAGCAACAUGGUUUCAACAAUGAAUACAACGUUUCAGCCAACUCCUUCACAACCUUCAUUACUACCCACAUCAGGACCUUCACCUGCACCUGCAAUGACACGAGCAAUGUUACCUGGAGUGCUCGCAAAUCCUGUCAUGGCUGCUGCUCCAAUUUCUUUGUCAAUGCCAUCAACUUUGAUCCCGCCGCCUCAUCCACAAUCAGGAGUUCAAAUAUCUGGCUCUGCAACUUCUCCGGCAACAACUCCCAAACCACUACAUCCUAGUUCAAAUGAUUUCACUUUCCAGCCAAACCGACCACAGAACCCUGCUUCCCAAAUGCCACUCAGGCCAAAUAUCCAGUAUGCACAUAACGGUAUGCCACCCAGAAAUCUUAAUAUACACCCACCUCAAGCACAUCAAAUGUCAUCUUUCCAUCCACCCGUGCAAAAUUCUGCACCUCCGCCUAUUAUGCAAGGCUUCCCAAGGCCACAAGUCAGCAACGAUAUACACCAACCUCGAGUUCAUAUGUCGUCUCCUAGAAAUCCAGCUUUCCCUAGUGCAUGGCCAGUAUCACCUCCAAGUUCAACCCCCCAAAUGGGAAUGAGGAAUUUCAGUCCAAGUUCGCAAAUGAUGAAUGCAGGAGGAGCUUUCCAAUUUAGGCCAGGGAACAUUCAGCCGCCGCAAAAUUAUCCAACUAGACCCCAAGGUGUUUUUAUCCCGAACCAGCAGUUCAACGGAAAUUUAGCGUUUCCUCCCAACAGGCCAUCUACAAACUCUUUUGGAAGACAGCAGAAUUAUGAUCCAUUCUCGCCGACUUCUGUUCCUCCCAGACCUCCAUUAAGUGUUAAUCCGUUGCAGCCGAGAAGCGAAGAGAAUGAUCCAGAGUAUGAAGACUUGAUGGCCUCAGUUGGAGUGAAAUGAUUCAAAGAAAUGGUUAACUGAUUCGUGUCUCCAAUCUCGUAUCACUUUGGCUGUGUUAGGUCUUGUAAGGAUGCGUUUCUUUAAUUUGUAAGAACCAAAGAAAAUCAUUACACCAGGUUUAACUUUUUUUAUACAUGAAAAACUGAAUACCAAAUAGUGUAUGAUAUCAUUAGUGACAACUGAAGUCUUGUUUUUCAUGUAUUAAUUCCUCAAAUAUUACUUUGCGAGGGUCUUUGGUUCAAUAAAGGGCAUGAGUGUUUGGGUUGGUA